AUGGCUUAUACCGAACAGGAUUUACAAGAUGCGGUCGCAAAAUACCACACCAGUCGCUCCUCAAUUCGAAAACUCGCCCAGGAAUUCGGUAUCCCCCGGUCUACUAUCCAGAACCGGGUCUACGGCCACCAGCCUCAUUCAACUGCAGCCGAAUCACUCCAGAUCCUUAGCCCAGUGCAAGAAGCCCACCUUACGCAGUGGGUUUUGACCCAGGUAGCCCUCG